AAUAAUACUUAACCCUGACACCAGGGUUGAUAAGAUUGAUUAUCCACUUCACAACUCACACGAUUGAAAUAUCAUCCAUCUGAUACAAUUUAUUUUUAAUAUCAUCAGGGUCCAAACAAUAGACUCUAUAGUCAGCUGGGUGGACCGAGAGAUCCCUGUAGUCAACAUCAGAGGUGAUGUGUUAUUCAACUCCUGGGGGGAGAUGUUCGACGGUUCAGGAGCAUUGUUCGCGCAUGCGCCCAGGAUAUACAGCUUCAGUGGCAAGAAUGUGCUGACUGAUUCUUCUUGGCCAACAAAAGCAGUGUGGCAUGGUGCCAACCCUAACGGCGAGCCGGCUAUGGACGCGUAUUGCGACGCGUGGCACAGCAGCAACCCUGACAAGUACGGGCUCGCCUCCUCACUCAGGUCCAACAAGCUUUUGGACCAAGAAACAUAUUCGUGUAGCACUCGACUAAUAGUGCUGUGCGUAGAGGCUACGCCCGUUGAUACUGUGAGAAGAAAAAAGCGAUCUAAGUAUCGCAACGAUAAAUUACAUUUUCCAAAAGACUUCGAAGAACAACGGAACGAUACUAGGGGAAAGUUAUAGAUGUUAUAAUUCUAGAUAUUUUUCAAUGUAAAAUAAAAUUGUGAAGACUGUAAAUAAAUUUAUAUAGUAGGUGUAACCGAUGUUCGAAGCAAUGAUUCCGGUGGAGCAUAUCGACAAUAUAUAUCAUCAAAACAUUAUCAUGAUGUUUCGUUUAAAACGACUACUUUCAACUGCAUACAAUAAGUAUCUGGUACCUACAUACAUUUGUCCGUUAAUGAACAGUUAUACAAAAUGUUAUAAAAAAUAUGGGAGGGCACCUACCUAACGAAAUAAUUGUAUUACUAUUUAAAGCACGUCCAAAAAAAUCUCAUUAUUACCGUGGGCCGCCUUACCGCAUAAGUCUGAACGAGACAGACGUUCUGCCCGGGGUCUCCCUUACUCUUUACGGCCAUUUAAAUCAAAGUAAGACCCAGAGGGGGUGAGGUAAAGCUAUAUAUCGUCGCCCGAUACGAGUUGAUGCGGAGCAAAUAUCUUUCUAUACGCAGUAUUUUUCUUUCAAGUUUCAUAAUGUAAUUUUACUAAUGAAAUAUUCCUAGGAAUAUAAGCAGCAUUAGAUAUAUAAUUGCAACAAUAAACCAGAUUUAUUUUAAGUCCCAAAUCAUUUACGAAAAGUAUUAAGUAUUUACGAAAAUGUUAGAUAAAAUACAAAGACAAGCAAAUUAAGUCAACAAUACGCGUGGGUAUUUAAUACAGCGAUAUAACAUUAGAUACAUACCCAUUUUCUUCGUAUUAUAAUGAAAAGGUCAUUCUGUGGGUGGAAACUAUCUGACUCUAAAGGCCAAAGGAGACUGCUUAAUAUCAAAUCAUAACAUAACAAAGCAUCACUCCUGUAUACCCUAGACUACGUUUACAUACACUCCUUGCCAACUAUGUUUAAUUCCCAUGUAAUGAGGGGCGAGUCUAUUAUUAUUAAUCGGGCACUAUUCCUGGAAACCAUGUGCCAUACAAACUUGAAAUCAAACCCAUGACGUCAAAUUCCACUGAAUUUGACGUCAUGGGUUUGAUUUCAAGUUUGUAUUAUAUACCACUGUAUAAAGCUCAAGCCAGGAUGCGAACCAUUAAAUGACACGCGUUCUCACGCAGUAUCAAAUAUCAUAUUAACAAUAUAAUUAUUUAUCAUAUCAAUAAUACAAAAUGGUCACCCCUAUUUCCUAUUAGGAGUGAACGAGGCCACGAAACGCCAGUUGCUUCGAUAAUACGACGACAUUUUGGUUUCUGACACAAAUCUUCAUUUUGAUAAUCUUUGAAAAGAAAAUGUAAGUACAACCGUAUUAAAAAAAGCUUGUAUGCAGUUAAAAAAGUCGUUACACUAAGUCAGCCAUUUUGGAUUUCCGUAGAGUAUGUAAAUAACAGGCUUUUUAUGUAUUUUAUGUCUAUAAUAGUCUUAAGAUAACUUUUAUAUUGUUUUGUAGAUAGCCAAAGAUGUGGAUGUAAAUAUUCCUAAAUAGUAUGAAAUCCUAUACAGAUGCUUAAAUUUUUUUGGAUGGUUAAUGGAAGAAGAUGGAAUGUUAUGGCCUAAAACAAUAUUUUUAAACAUUAUUUAUUUACAAUUUAUAUACUGAUUUCGAAAUAAUUAUGAAUAAAAAGAAAAGUCACUUAAAAUUACAAAUUACUUAAAAAUUAAUUUCCCUGUUACUACCCAUUUAAGUAGGUAGGUAAGUAACAUUUUAUUUUAAAAAUAUUUAUGUAAUGGUAAUUUAGAAUGUUAAUUACAUUGAUUUUUCCGUUUAAGUACUACCUUGGUUUCUUGAAAGUGGAUAGAUAUCUAUUAACAUAAUUUAUGUAUGUUAAUGACUUAUCCAUGUUAUGGAGGAAAUGCCAUCGGAUUCCAUAAUCCCAAUAAUUUGCAGUGUCUGUAUGAACUACUGCCAUUUUUGGUAGUUUAUAUAAUAUUCAUCGAUGUACCUAUAGGUUUUGUAAAUUACUGAUCAUUUACCCGGCCUCAUUGUGACAUUACAAGUUUACACUUAGACCCAUUCUAUUUACAAAUAAUUAUUUUGCAAUCAAAAAUACAUAGUACCUUACUAACUUGCAAUUGCAAGUUGCAAGUCAAAUUCCAACGAUAAACCAACUUACCAAUAUGUAAACAUCAAAACGAAGAAGGAAAUUUAUGUUGUGCAAUCAUCAUAAAAAAAUUUGUAACGCAACAUUAGUUUUACUGUUGUUGGUGUUGUGUGCAUGUUUUCAGAUUAUAAUCAUUUAUUUCUGAAAUAUCAUCACUUCGUUUAUCUGUAAUAUACUUACCAAAAAUGACACGCAAAUUAUGAAAAGAUGAAAGGACAAAAUAUUGUUCCUUUUUGGAAGAUGAAAAUGUAAAACAUAGCCAAAUUUUCCGUUAAUUUUCUCUAAACAUUUACCAUAGAAAUAAUCUUACUAAUAGUGUUGUAAUUUAUUAUUAUGUACGUGUAUUGUCAUCAUAAUAACUGUGAUAAUAAUUUUGUUAAAAAUCACCAUUUGAUGGAUUAUGUUCUCUCUCAAAGAGUAUUUUAAACCGAAAAAUAAUAUGACUCGGACGGGAUUUGAACCCGCAGCUCUGGUCAAGCCGGGACGAACAUGUUAACCAUUACACCACCGGGUCCUCCUCCUGUCCAUGCGAAAUUCUUUCCAUCUAUCGUCAUUAAGCCGACGCUCUCUCUAUAUGUCCUCUCUAUCUGGUUGACUUAAUUUUAGUUACUUAUGGAAUAUAAAUUGAUGUAAAAUGCGUAAAACUCCAUUAUUUUUCAUUGUUAAAAAGACGCUAGGUAAAAUUUAUUGUACUUGAUAAGUACAGAUUGUUUUGAAAAUAAAGAAACGAUUUUGUAAAUGAA